AGCCGUGGGCGGCCUGGAGGACUCUGGACUAGCUGUCAGUUACAGUUCGAACGUUGUGUAAAGCGUGCGAGUGUGACACGGUUGAACGAUGGUAAUCGCAUAACGAUCCUUCUCCAAUAUUACCGGAGUGCGUGUGAGUGUUAAGGGACAUGUCGACCAGUUAGUUCAGCCGGACUGAAAAUUCGCCGAAAGUACCGAAACCGGAUUACGCGAAGACAUGCUCCGAAAAUUCAGUUGCGCGGGUCCCGAGGGUAAACUGAACGCUGGUGGAAAAGCCUUCAAACGCCAUCCUCGGGAUUGAUCUUUACACAUAGAGAUUUCGCGAAAGGCUUGUGUGUAUACGGGAAUAUUUGUUGAUCCGUAAGGCGAAAAAAGCACAGAGCGGAACGAAGAAGAAUAUAAAAAAAGGAAAAAAAAUCGCAAUCAUGAAGAUAUAUCACCUCAUUCCCACGAUACAUUGCUAGACAACGAAUCGUCAUCACCGAGGAAAGAGGAAAGCUGUGGCUGUUUUUUUUUAUCUGCGGUACCGCGAAUCAACGGCGACAAUGGGGAAAUGUUGCAGCAAGAGGCAGGAGCCUCAGCCAAUUGGUUACAAGAAAUCGGAAAUUGGCCUCAACUCGGCGCACAGCAACGGAAGUUCCCUCGACAAGAGAUACUCGGAGGAUCCAAAUCGGCGCUGCCCUCAGACCAGAGUCGACAUUAUUCGCCCGAGACAGACCCCCUGUGAGCCUCCGAUUUUAAUCCCAAAAUCGAUUCCUCUGCGUGAAUCAUCCUCCCCGUCUUUUUCUGUUGCAUCACAUUCGCAAAGAUCGAACAAAAUUGUGGUGGCGUUGUACAAUUAUGCGGCGAGGGAAAGCACCGACGUGAGUUUUGUGAAGGGUGACAGGAUGGAGGUGCUGGAUGACACGGAACCGGAUUGGUGGAAAGUACUUCACCUGACUACCUUGCACGAGGGAUUGAUACCGUGGAAUUUCGUCGCCGUCGAACGUUCCGUCGAGAGCGAGGAUUGGUUCUUCGACAACGUAUCGAGGAAGGAGGCUGGGAAAUUGCUUCUCGUCGACGAAAAUCCACGGGGUACGUUUCUUGUUAGACCGAGCGAACACACGCCAAGGGGAUACAGUCUUUCGGUGAAGGAUUGGGAAGAGGGACGCGGGCAUCACGUGAAACACUACAAAAUCAAACCUCUGGACAACGGUGGAUUUUACAUAGCGACUAAUCAAACUUUCUCCACUCUACCAGCCCUCGUAAUGGCGUACAGCAAAAAUGCCCUGGGACUUUGUCACGUGUUGGCGAAACCGUGUCCAAAACCGUUGCCGGACAUGUGGGACCUAGGACCGGAAUUGCGUGACAAAUGGGAGAUAAACAGGAACCAAAUACAGCUGAUAAACAAGCUAGGGCACGGUAACUUCGGCGAAGUGUAUUACGGAAAAUGGCGAAACCAGAUAGAAGUGGCGGUGAAGACGUUGCGCGAGGGAACGAUGUCCUCUGAGGCAUUUUUACAGGAAGCAGCUAUAAUGAAACACCUGAGGCACAGACACCUAGUCGCCUUGUACGCGGUCUGUUCGAAGGAGGAGCCGAUAUACAUAGUCCAAGAGUACAUGUGCAACGGUAGCUUACUCGACUUCCUGAGGACUGGGGACGGCAGGUACAUGCAAUUCGAGGACCUAAUUUACAUCGCGUCGCAGGUAGCCUCGGGCAUGGAAUACCUCGAGAGCAAACAGCUGAUUCACAGGGACUUGGCUGCGCGAAACGUUCUCAUAGGCGAGAAGAACAAGGCGAAAAUAUGCGACUUUGGUCUGGCAAGGGUGAUAAAGGACAACGAGUACUGUCCGAAACAGGGCAGCAAAUUUCCGGUAAAAUGGACCGCUCCCGAGGCCAUAAUAUACGCCAGGUUCAGCAUAAAGAGCGACGUCUGGUCCUACGGCAUUUUGCUCAAUGAACUCUUCACCUACGGCCAAGUGCCGUAUCCGGGCAUGCACGGCCGCGAGGUCGUCGAGCACGUUGAGAAGGGUUACAGGAUGCCAAAACCGGCGAAUCACCCACUACCGGACAGCAUAUACACCCUGAUGCUGCAGUGCUGGGACGCGAGUCCGGAAAAACGACCGACUUUUGAAUACCUUAAUCACUAUUUCGAGUCGUUCAAUGUUACGAGUGAAAUACCGUACCUAGAACCGCCAACGGACUGAUACACGGCCCACCACCACAUGCAGAGCCACAUGAUUCCAAGGGGACACUAUCACCCGGCGCACAUUAACUGUGCCAUGGAAUUUUACGGGAUCUACUGCUGAACAAGUCUCGUUUACCUAUUUAUGUAUUAAAAAGAACCUCGAACACUUUUUUUCAGUGCAUGGAUAGAAAUGAUGUUUGAAAGUGAUGAAGAUGACGAAAAAUAACGGAGUAAAUGCGGCGCAUGACAUUUGCCAGAGAAUCGAUUGGAAAAAUACAAUUCACUUCAUAUAACGUACUAAAUCUUGUUCAUACAUCGUAACGUACAACUGAUGAUAAUAGCGACGAAAACAACUGUUUAGUUCUGCGCGAAUUGUGAAAACUCUGCCAAUGAAGAAUUUGUGUGGUACACGUUUACAAAGAAGAAUAUUUAUCGCAAAUUUCAGGGCAGCCAGCGCAGAUCGAUUACUUUCUAAACUCCGAUUGAUAAAAUGGAUAAUUUUUAGAAAAAUUGACGAACCAAAAAUAAAACCAAGAAAAUCAAGACAAAUAAUAGCUACAUGUUUUGUAAAAUAGUACACUACGAUGGAUUUGUAGAGAUAAUUAUGUUACUUGAAUAAUUUUAGCACACUUCGAGAACACAGACCGGUGAGAUAUAGAUUGUGACGAAAACUAGUCGUCGUUGGAUUGAUAUAUUGUAACACGGGGUAUUUUAAGUAACCGCAUUAACGAGGGUGUCGAAUCUUUGACUAAAAUUAUUUUAUUUUUUGCGAUUUAAGCUUUCUUAGCAAAUCUCUCAGUGAUGAUAUGCGAGUGAUAAUUUUCCUCUACAAACAGAGUGAUCGAGCUGUGCAUUACUGAUUUUAAUAAUCUGAAAAAAACGAAAAACUAAGAUAAGAAAUUUUAUACAGUAAACUUAAAUUAUAAGAUUCCAAACGAUAAGUACAUAAUAUAAAAUAAUGUAAGUCAUCAAUGUUAAUCGUACAAAAUAUAGUAGAAAGACCGGAAAACCAAAACGAGUUAGUUGUGGUGAAAUUAGCAAAGGUGUAAAGUUUCUGAAAACGAAAAUUCGAAGGGAAAAGAAAUGAAAAGAACCGUUCUUAAGGUAAACCAUUUGAACAGCGGUUGAAGCUUUAGUGGACAAAAUUCAUUAUAAUAGCAUCUUUUAUAAACGGUCGAAAUAAUAAUAAUAAAAGUAACACGAAUAAUUGCGAUCAAUAUUCUGAAAUGCUCCUAUAGUAUAUAACGCGAAUAUUACAGUAGUAGGUGUAUAAUCGAUGAAGUAUUUCAGGUUAUAGAAAUCAUAUUUACCUGUAAAAUGAUGUUUACAUACUAUAGUAGUAUAAAUGAUGUAAUUCUAAUUUGGCGAAAGAAAUACGGAUUCGCGAAAUUGCGUCAAGGAAAAGAGCGAAAGAGCGAGCGACAAAGAGAAUUUAGAAUUAAAAAGUAGAACAUAGAGCGUACAUGAUAAUAUACGUCCAAAUACAUUUUUCUAUGAGCGUUUUGUACUGACCAAAUAUUAAUUAUAAUACCGUGUUAUACUAAGUACUUUUUCGAUGUUGGCUCUCUCGUGAAAAAAAAGAUAGAAACUGAAAGAAAAUGUUCAAAUGUGUAUUUUCCAAUAUGGUAUAGUGAAGAUUUUUUUUCGGUUUUAAUGUUAAACGCAGUAUAGUUGUAAAUUGUUAUGUAUGUGAUGUAAUAGUAACUUAUCUUUCUUGUUCUUGUACCGGCAAUACAUAGGAGAACGAAAAGUAACCAAGGAGAAAAAAACAAAAAACAAAAACAAAAAAAAAAAAGUUAAAGUUCACAUCUCACGUACGCAUACGAUGAAAACGAAAGACGUACUCACCUUACC